AUGAAGACUUCGACAUCGACUACUGAACUUCAAAAGUGUGAGCAUCGGUUAAUGCAACUACUGGUGCUUGUACUCCUGUUGUGUCUUGUAUCAAGCCAAGAGCAGCGUCGCGAAUACUCGGUGUGGAUGGCUGCUGGAGUAAGUGGAAUAGCAGUUGUGCUUUUUCUCCUGGAGUCAACACGCUCCCUUUGCCGCACUUCAAGUGAGACCGCGCGAUUCCUGGCUCAAAUAGUCAGGACGCUUUGGAGUACGCUGAUACAAUAUGCAGCUCGAGGUUUCAAGCCAAAGUUUCCAAAGUGGACGCUUCGCUUCGAGCUUGUACGAGGUAUUAUGCACGACGCGGCUACCUUGUUCGGUGAUCGUAUCGUCGACCCGAUCCAGGCCCCAGUCUUCCGCUGGCAUAGCGAGCUUUUUGGGUCGUUCAUGGGCUGGUUUCCUCUUCGUCGUCAUGGUAUACAACUCGAGUCUGUGCAUUACAACGGCCUAGAACACCUUUGGCUGAAAUCAUCCAACAGAAUCAACAAUUCAAAGCGGCUUGUGCUUUUAUUUUACCACGGUGGUGGCUACGCUGUGCUCAGUCCACGUAUGUACAUUCCAUUCUGCUGCGAGCUCCUGAAAGCCACCAUGCGUGAGCUCAGCCCGCAGGCCAGUAACGAAAACAUCACAAUCGACUUGUUUAUUGCAAAUUAUCGCAAGAUCCCAGAGCAUCCGUUCCCAGUACCCGUCGAAGAUGCUGUCACCAUGUACGAGUAUUUGCUUCAACAAGAGAAGUUGAAUUCGUCUCAGAUCAUGUUGAUAGGCGACAGUGCCGGUGGUGGUCUUGUCAUGUCCACGCUGUUGCGAGUUCGAGAUGGGAAAUCGAGUUGGAAACCAAAGCUCCCAUUGCCACUCGCUGCUAUUGUAGCGUGUCCGCUUGUAGAUCUCACAGGCGAUGACGACAAGAGUAAGGCCCCGAAUUGUGUGCUCUCUUCAAAUCUUAUGGCCGCUAGCAUUGAGACGUACCGUCCAAGGGGCAAAAGCCCUCAUCAAUGGGCAGAUGCCUCACCAGUACAUUGCGAUCUUCAAGCACUUCCACCGAUUUUUCUUCAAGCAGCCAGCUUCGAUUACCUGUUCGAUCACGCGGUUCGACUGGCUGCGAAAGCGAAAGCUGAUGGAGUCACCAACUGGGAAAUCGAUAUACACGACGAAGUUACUCACGUCUUCAUGCUUUUCCCCACUUUCGUGCUACCUUAUGCCCGAGUUGGGAUCCAACGAAUGGCUACAUUUGCAGCGAAACAAUUUUUAAAAAGCCCCACAAUGCAUGGGAAACACAACGGAAUGCUGAAAACGGAUAAUGCUGUAACUCACUCGCUUGCACCAUCAGCAGCUUGA